AUGGGGCCGGAGCUCGAGCCCUAUGCCUAUGCCUAUCUCGAUGACAUAAUAAUUGUCACAGAGACAUUCGAGGAGCAUCUCAAGUGGCUAGAGCAUGUGCCGAAACGCGUGCGCGAAGCCCGACUCACCCAUAACCGAGGAAAGAGUGAGUUCUGUCAACCCGAGGUGAAAUACCUUGGCGUCCUCGUAAACCGAGAUGGUUUACGACCGGAUCCGGCUAAAUUAAAACCAAUUACGGCGUUUCCGGCUCCAAAGAAUCUGAAACAACUUAGGCGGUUCCUAGGCAUGGUUUCAUGGUACCGGAAGUUCCUGCCAAACUAUUUGACGGUAGUAGAACCGAUCAACAGGCUGUUGCACGCUGACUGCUACGUCGGGGCUAACUUUAUCAACGCUUUUGGCACCGUCCAUGAUCCUGUUGAUAGAGUCCUGGUACUGAAAGGACCAGGUACCAAGGUUCCUCUAGAGGUAGCGGGCGUGACGACGACCGGUGAGGUCCGACUCGCUGCCGUCGGGCUGGACGAAAUCUCGUCUACCCAACAAGAGGAAUUGCAGACCCUCCUGGACCACUACGUGGAGUGUGAAGCUCCCUUAGGUUGCACUACGUACUUUUUAUGA